UGACACGUCGCUGUGAUCUAAGCGCUAAUCUUCAUUCUUUGCCUCUUACAGCCAUAUAGCCCGACUAAAACUGCUUGAUGUGACGACGGAUUCCAGCAAACCACGUAGACUAUGGACAUGGAGGGAAAAUCCGAUGAAUCUAAUGUCCUUUUGGAGGCAUAUUGGAAACAUCGCAUCCGCUCACGUGGAUUCAUACGGUAUAAAAAGUACAACCCUCCUGAGAUCACACUCUCCGCCCUCACUGAGGCCGGUCAAGACGAAUCGACAAUUCCUGUGUUGAAGCAACGGUCAUACACUGGUAAAAAGGUCAUACCAUCUGCUCUGGCCGACACUCCUUGUGCCGACCUUGGUGUUCAUGGAAUAUUCGAGAAACUUAACACAAUACUCGGCACUUCACACAUUCUAUCCCCCAUGAUGACCACAGUCCUCGAUUCCUACAUCGAACAAGGAUAUGAUUUUGGCACGGUCUAUGCUCAUUUGCGUUUCUGCUGGUAUCACCCUGACACCAUCGAAAAGUUGCGCAGGCAUGAGGAGAAUGACCAAGAAUUGCGGAGAAAGGCGAUCGUUGAUAACAAGAUCAGCAACCGGAACCUGCCCCCUCGACGCCUCUGGGAUCUUUACGCUAAUCAGGUGGUACCAUACUGGGUUGCACUCACAGACUGGCGUGCGAUGUCGCAUGCGUGGAUGUCUGACGACGAGCGCGUCAAUAUGAUGACACCCAUUAACGGAUACGAGUGGCCCGUGCCUAUGCCGAAGGAUGCGAACCUUAAUCUCGUCCGCAUCGAGAUGUUGAACUGCGGAGCAGAGUGUGCAUGGUUGGACGUUCUAUGUUUGCGACAGGAACAGAACAUUAGGGAGGAUCACCAUGAGGAGGAUCAGCGCAAGGAGGAGUGGAAAUUGGACGUCCCCACGAUCGGGCAUGUGUAUGAUGGCUUGUGGCGUAAAGUGGUAUGCUUCUUAAACGGACUCGGUCGGCCGCUGAAUUUCAAGCUGGGUGAUCUCGAGAGUAACCGAUGUUGGUUCAAGCGGGCGUGGACGCUACAGGAGGUCCCAGAUGUCUGUGAUCCCCUUACUGUUGGUGGGGAUACUGGUGAUGCGGAAGAGGAAAUGCUAACGAGGGUCCAUGAGCAACUGGAAUUAUUGCGCGACAUGCGAAGAUCAGGGACACCGUUUACGAUCCUGUCGGAGAUGCGGAAUCGGGUGUCAACAAAGCCUUUGGAUAAAGUCGCAGGCUUGAUAUACCUUCUUGAUGCAAAGUCUAUCCCAAUAUACGAUGGAGCUCAGUCGGAUGAGGAUGCCUGGGAAGCCCUCGUAGAUACCACGUCGCCCUCGCUACGGGCCGAGUUGUUCUUCUGCUUCCCCAGACCUGGGAAUAAAAAGAAAUGUUGGCAUCCAUCGUGGGAGCAGGUAAUGGCGCAUACACUUCCGUGGGGUAAUGGGGGACAUGGACGCAAUAUCGGGUGUGUUUUUCGGACAGAGGAGAUAGAUUCCGACUGGUACGAGGGACCACGUGUUGACUCAGUCUAUAUCAGUGGGUUGGCUGAAACCUCGGACAGCCCUCGACACGGGAAGUUGUUUGUCAAGGCUGACUUUUUGUGGUGGGACGGUGAAUACAAAAUCGUCGCUGACCACACUUACCCAAUACGUGAUGGCUGGUAUACACUCAUAGCCACCGGUGGAGGGUACGUUCCACCAAUCGCUGAUUUUUGGGUAGUCGGGAGGCUAAGAGAUGAUGGUAAGUUUGGGAAAGUGUCAGUCAUCCGUUUUGAACGACCUGGAAGGCCCCAGCAGCGAUUCGGAUUUUAUAAAUGCGUUAAAACAGUUCUGUGUUGAUGUAAUGUAUGCUUCACACAAAUAUACUUAAUUAUGGUGAGAUUAGAUGUGAA